GUUUACAGGAGAGCCAGAUUCACCCACCAAUGUGAGAACCACGGGUAUAUCAUGGGACUCUGUCAAUAUUACAUGGGAUAUAGGAUAUAACGGUGGAUCAUCACAAUGGUUUUAUGUGUCAUACAGGCAGUUAUAUGUCAAUGAUUUCAUCAGAUCAAAUAAAGUUGAGAUGCCACUUUAUCACAGGGAUGGAUUGAAUGCAUCCACUGAAUAUGAAAUAUAUGUAACAGCUGAAAAUGUGAUUUCCGUUAGUGAACCAAGCGAAACGAUCACAUUUACAACUACAGCAGCACCAAUCAGUAAUAAGUACUCGCCUGGAAAUAUUCCAACCAAUCCCGGCGUUUACAUUGGUCCUUUGGUUGUAAUAGUUGCAAUAAUUGCAGUGGCCUCUGCAACGGGUUUAAUAUUCAUGAAACGAAGGGGUAAACGAAACAAAGACACGACAUUAGAAGAACGACAGGACCAUGAAUUGCCAGAGAGAACAUCAACAGCUACUUACGAGAAUGUUAGGCCAGAAUUAUCAAAAAAGCCUACUAACGAUGACAAUGUGUACGCCUCCCUUAACCACGACGGAAAAGAAAAUAUUUACAUGAAAGCAGGACAAAAAAUAUUAGAAUUUCCGAGACAUGAUAUAAGCAUGAAAUGUAUAGUAUCUGCUGGUCGAUUCUAUGAAUUGGCAAAAUGUGUUGCUUGGAGUGGAACAGGUGGUCAGUCAGAUGUUGUGAUUAAGAAAAAUAUCGAUCCUUCGAACAAUCAAAUUGAGAAAGAGGUCUCCAAAGAAAUUGGAAUAAUGCAGUAUAUAUCAAAUCAUAAUAAUAUUGUAAAAUUACUUGGAUGCUGCACAGACAAAGUUCCAAAAUAUAUAAUAAUGGAGUUACAGUCGUCAGAUCUGAAAUGCUAUCUUCAUUCUAAACGUAACGAGUCUGGAUUAAAGGAUAUUACUCAAAGUAGACUGUUAUCGUGUAUGGCUGACAUUGCAAAUGGAAUGGAGCAUUUGUCUAAAUUAAAGAUUAUUCACAGAUAUUUGACCACUGAGCAUAUCUUAUUGAAUGGCCAUAGACAAUGUAAAAUAUCCAAUUUUAGCUACGCUAGUGACGUCAUCGACGACUUACGUUUCUUUGAAAAAACUCAGAACAACUAUCCAUACCAAUGGAUGUCUGCUGAAACAUUGUUGAACAGAAGAUUUACAUUGAAGAGUGAUACCUGGUCUUUUGGUGUCGUCAUGUGGGAAAUUGUGAAUCUCGGUGCAGUGCCAUACCAAGGGGCGUCUGAGCAAGCAGUGACAAGCAUGAUACGAGAAGGAAAUCGAAUGCGAAAACCAGCACAUUGUGGAAAUCAUAUGUAA